AUGGUUCGAUUUAAACCAAAGACAUUUCCUUGCUGCCAGUAUCAGUUUUCAUUUUAAAGUGUCAUUGAUAAAAAAUGGCUGACAACAGAUAUGUCUUUCCUGUUUCUACAAAACACCACAGGCAUGCAUAAUCAGAUGUUGAACCAGUGAGUCUCAUACAGAUUAGAAUAAAUUUCAUGUCUCCAUUGAAAAAUAUAUAAUGUAUGUUUAUAAGUCUUUCAACUGCAAUCGAUUAUUUAUUGAAUUCUAAGACUGAGGUAUGCUUAUAGCUACAUAACUUUCAUUAAAUUUAACAACUCAGUCGUCCUCAUAUUUGCUGUAGACGUACAGCCCACUUGGCCUGGAAAUAACUUAGUAAAACUAUGAACAACAACUCUCUUAGUUUCUGCUUUUUGUAAUUAUUUAAGGAUGCAUAUGCUAUGGUAUUAUCUACAGGUAAUGUACAGUUUUUCCUGUGUCUAAUGAAUACUUGACAGAGUUAGUCCGAAUGAAUCUGAAAACCAAACAGCCUUUUCAGCAUGUAGUUGCUGUGCUUUAUUCUUAACUGAAACACUGUCAUCGUUUCCUGGCUGGCGGCAUUCUUUUUUUUCCGUAGUGUUUUGAAGUUUUUUCAUAUAUUGUGGCAACUGCUCGUUUACUGUCUAUUAUUCAGUAUGAUCAGCCAUUUUGUAUCCUGGAUUGAUUCUGUGCGAAAUAAAUGAUAUGGGUGUGUUUGGUCUAUGUUGGGUAUGUGUUGGCUGUGUGUUGGGUUUGUGUUUGGUGUGUAUUGAGUGUGUGUUGACUUAUUAUCUUUUAUUUCAGGUCAGGUGAAGUUGUCAGCAUACAUGAACUAUGGUCUCCUCACAGUUCACAUGAUCCAGGCUCGUCAUCUCAGCUCGGCACGGAACCAACAACUAAACACUUUCGUCAUGAUCUCUCUGAUCCCUGAAGACACCGACGUGACCCCCACACGUUGUAGAACAGCUACUUUCACUGACAGCACAUGUCCAUCAUACAACGAGAAGUUUUCUUUUGAGGUGGGUGAUGAUGAUGCUCACAGGCGUCUCUUGUUGACUGUCUACCACAGAGACUGUUUUGGUAUCCAUGUGUCCCUUGGCUGUACGUCAUUUGGUAUUCGUAACCUCCAGGAGGGGAACCGUGAGGUCAGUGGUUGGUAUCACCUUCUUACAGACAGUGUUGGUCGCAAUAAGCAUCUACGUGUCACCAUCAAGGACAGGCCUUCAGUUCCUGUGAUGCAGAGCCGAGAACCACGCCAGAUACCAGCCGUCAACGGAGAUGUACCAGAUCUUCAGCAUCUUGAGUUAACUAUCUACCGGUCCCAGUACGGUGGUUUUGGUUUCACAGUCGUUGACUCCUGUCCAGUGAAGAUUGGUCGAGUUGAUGGGUCGUCUAACGCUCAGGAAGCUGGUCUUCAGAAGGGUGAUCUUGUUAUCCGUGUCAAUGGUCAGAAUGUGUCCAGGUCAACGUCAGUCAGUGUGGCAAGGUGCAUAAAGAAGUCCAAUAGUAGAGUGCAGCUAGAAGUUCAGCGCCCGGGUCACUACACCACUCCCACACCACUCCGAACCUCCGCAGUCAAGUCAAGUAGCGAAGAGUCUGGUAACACCUCAGUCCAGGAGUUCACGAUUUGCGACGACAGAACAGCUCUACUGAACUCUGCCACUAGUGUAGACACACGCAGGCAGGCCGCUCUUCACCGUUUGUUGUGCCUUGAAGAGAACUUUGUUGACUUUAUGAACACUGGAAUCCAGAAGUUUUCUCGCCCACUUCGUCACUGUGUCCUCACCAGUACCCAGCAUGCAACACUCUUCCAGAACAUCGAAAAGAUUGUGUGUAUGAGCCAGUACCAGGUACAUCAGAUUCUCGACAACCUCCCAUCCUACACUCCCUCUGACAACGAUGAUACAGACAACUCCUUUGUUGGUGAGAGUGACCUUACGUCUGCUGUUGCCAUGAUCUACCUCUCUAAGCUGCCAGUGAUCUGUGGUGCCUACAUGACGUACAGCCAGGGUUUAUCUCGUACCGCUUCUUUGCUUGGUUCCCUGGAGAAGAACGACCAGUUCUGUGGUUUCCUGCUCAACGUGUCGAGAGAAGGGAAGGAACUCAGUCUGUGUGAUUUCAUCAACCGUCCGUUGGCUCACAUGCAGGAUCUGUGUGGUCUACUCCAGAUUGUCUGUGACACUACCAUGCCUCACUCCGAGGAACGGGCCAUGCUCUCUGAUAUUCUCUUAGGCCUACAGUCAGUGGUUGACCAGAUAUCACACACAGCCACUGUUACCAGCAGUUUUCAAACCAGAAUCCAGAACGUAUGCCAUCUCAGCAUCCCCUCUCAGCGCCGUGUACCACUGAUGGGAUCCUUGGUCCUGAAACGUUCGUCUUCUGAGAGGUCGUCAUCCAGCGGGUUUGGAAGUGGAUCUUCCCAGCAGUCCGACAUUCCCUUAUGUACGUCAGAGACAGAGAUCGUGUUCUGUGAUCAUAAUAUCUUUCUUAGCACACUUGUAUGAACUUAUGUUUGGAUAGUGUGUUGACGAUACUAUCUAAUUAUAGACAGUCCUAGACAUUUGCUUUUAAAAAUAUGGAUUUAUAGUGCUAUAGAUACUAAAGUGAUUUGUUAUUGAUUUUUGUUGAUGUUG